CAAAUUGCUCUGGUGGCUUCAGAGGAAAUACCACAACUCAGCGCACUCCCCUAUCAAAUGUCUCCCUGCUGCAUUUGCAUAUGUCGACUCCUAUGCGUGUCUGUGGCCUUUAAGAGGCUGCCCCCCCUGGUCGGGGCAGUCAGCAGCCCGUCGGCGGGGAGAGAAGACGCAGGACAAACUCACCAGGAUGAAGAAGAAGUUGAUCAUUGACGUGGACACGGGGGUGGAUGAUGCUCAGGCCAUCAUGGUGGCCCUCGCCAACCCGGAUGUUGAGGUCCUUGGUAUCACCUGCUGCCACGGCAACACGCCCCUGGAGAACGUCCUCAAGAACACGCUGCGCGUCCUGAAAGUCUGCAACAGGCUGGAUAUCCCGGUGUACCGGGGCUGUGCAGAGCCCCUGCUGGCUCGAAAACUCCACGCUGGAGAUUUUCAUGGGAAGGACGGACUGGGCGACGUUCCAGACCCGGACGCUCCGGGCCUGGAGCUGCUGCAGAAGGAAAAGGCUGUGCAGGCCAUAAUCAAGAUGGUGAAUGAAAACCCGGGACAGGUGAGACUGGUUGCCACGGCGCCCCUCACUAACGUGGCGAUGGCUGUAAAACUGGAUCCUUCCCUCCCCGAGAAAUUGAAGGCGCUCUACAUCAUGGGAGGAAACACUGAGUCCAGGGGUAACACCACAGUGUGUGGAGAGUUUAACUUCGUGGCUGAUUCUGAAGCUGCCCACAUCGUGUUGGACCGCUACACCUGCCCCACGUACAUCGCCACCUGGGAGUUCAGCUGCAGGAACAGUCUUCCAUGGUCCUUCUGUGACACUUGGCUGGCCCAAGGCACAGACAAGGCCCGUUUCAUGGAGAGGAUUUCCUGCCACACCAGGAAGAUGGUCCAGACGGAGCGGUAUCAGAAGGAGCUGGUGAGCGGACCUGGGUUCAACACCUGCGACGUAUACGCUGUGGCUGCAGCCAUCGACGACACCCUGGUGACAGAAAGUGAACAGGUUGCCGUGACAGUGGAGCUGGAGGGGACCUACACCCGGGGCAUGAUGGUUGUGGACCACAUGGACCUGCUGAAGAAGAAGCACAAGGUGUCCAUCAUGAAGAAAGUUGACCUGGAGAGGUUCAAACAGAUGCUGAUGGCUGCACUGAAAUAGCAUGAAUUUCUGUGACGACAGUCAAAUAUUCCUGCGUUCAAUGGUACAUGUUGGAGCAGAUUGAAAAGUUUUCUGGCUUGCAGAUGUCCUGAAAUGCUUUAUGAACAAUACCCUGAUAUUAAAAAAAGGAAACUAUGUUCAUUGUAAUGUGUAGUGGACCAAAGUUUGUGGUAAACAUUAAAUACAAGUUAACAGUG